AUGUCAUUACCACAAGAUGAAGUAAACAGACUCAAGCAAACUAAGACAAUUGGUAUUAUUGGACUUGGAGAUAUGGGAUUAUUAUAUGCUAAAAGAUUCAGUGAAGCAGGAUGGAAAGUUGUUGGAUGUGAUCGUGAAGAAAUUUAUGAAGAUAUUAAAUUAAAAUAUUUUAAUGAAAAAUUUGAAAUUUUAAAAAAUGGACAUUUUGUAUCAAGAAUAUCAGAUUAUAUUAUUUAUAGUGUUGAAGCUGAAAAUAUUGAUAAAAUAGUUUCAAUUUAUGCUCCUUCAACUAAAUUUGGUGCUAUUGUUGGUGGACAAACUUCAUGUAAAGCACCAGAAAUUGCAGCAUUUGAAAAAUAUUUACCAUCAGAUAAUGAAAUUAUUUCAAUUCAUUCAUUACAUGGUCCAAAAGUUAAUACAACUGGUCAACCUUUAGUUUUAAUUAAACAUCGUGCAAGUGAAGAAUCAUUUAAAUUUGUUGAAUCAAUUGUAUCUUGUUUAAAUUCAAAACAAGUUAAUUUAACUGCUAAAGAACAUGAUAGAAUUACUGCUGAUACUCAAGCAGUUACUCAUGCUGCAUUUUUAUCAAUGGGAGUUGCUUGGAAAUCAGUUAAUCAAUAUCCAUGGGAAACUCCAAGAUGGAUUGGGGGUAUUGAAAAUGCAAAAAUUAAUAUUUCUUUAAGAAUCUUUUCAAAUAAAUGGCAUGUUUAUGCUGGUUUAGCAAUUACUAAUCCUUCAGCUCAUGAUCAAGUAUUACAAUAUUCUAAAUCAACAACAGAAUUAUUUACAUUAAUGAUUCAAGGUAAAAAACAAGAAUUAACUGAUAGAUUAUUAAAAGCAAAAGAAUUUGUAUUUGAAAAUAUUAAAAAUCAUCACGAUUUAUUAUUAGAUGAUAAUAUUUUACAAAAAUUUUCAUUAAGUAAAACCCCACCAGAAGGCAAACAACCAAAUUCUCAUUUAUCAUUACUUGCAAUUGUUGAUAGUUGGCAUAAAUUGGGAAUUAUACCAUAUGAUCAUAUAAUUUGUUCAACUCCUUUAUUUAGAAUAUUUUUAGGUGUUACUGAAUAUGUUUUUUGUACUCCUGGUUAUUUGGAAGAAAGUAUAGAGGUUGCUAUAAAUGAUUCAACUUUUAGACAAGAUGAUUUAAAUUUCACAAUUGCUGCUCAAUCGUGGUCAAAGAUUAUUAGUUUUGGAAAUUUUGAUUUAUAUAAACAAGAAUUUGAAGAUACUCAAAAUUUCUUUCAACCAAUGUUUCAAGAAGCUAAUGCGAUUGGUAAUGAAAUGAUCAAAACUAUAUUAGAAAGAGUCAAAGAAAGAGAGAGCUCAUAA